ACGUCGAAUCGCAGCCAGAAGACGAAGGCGGAGAACAAAGCCGACAACAGCAACAAGUCGAGCUCCGGGCGCGGCGACAAGGGUUCUACCAAGGAUGGCUACUGCAAAACGGCAAGGACCGGAAGCCGCGAUAAGGCGCAAGCAAAGCCCGGAUCAAGCGAAAAAGGCAGCGGAUCCACGAAGAAAGCCAAGCCGGGCUCAAGCGAAAAAGCUGCUGGUUCGGCGAAGAAACCAAGUCCCAAAGUCGAAAGCCUAAAGAAGUCGGGCUCGAAGAAUCAAUGCGGAACAACAAGCUCGCUGCUGCGGCCGACGCGCGGGAUCCCUCGAAGAAAGAAUGUGGGU